AUGGAGCGAGUCUCCCUCUCCCUCUCCCUCUCGCUGUUUCUCUCUGUGGAUGAUCUGUUGCGUUCUUCUCCAUGGCCAAUCCCCAAAUAUGCCAAUGGCAAAACUGAUUGGAUUCCACAGAUUGAUUGGUUGAUUAAUAGCCUCGAGAGGACGUCGUCGGUCGGAGGAGUUGGGAGAGGGGAUAUGGCGGACUAUAUGUUGGGUCUGAAUUUGGAUAAGGAUGCACUUGGGAUGCCAAUGAAAAUGCCAAGGUCUUCUAAGAGGCAAGGGGAGACCAUCUGCAAAGGCCACAAGAACUAUGAUCUUAUGCUCAAUUUGCAGCUUGGGAUCAGGCACUCGGUAGGAAGACCGGCCCCGAUUGCGUCCCUCGACUUGAAGCCUUCGGCUUUUGAUCCAAAGGAAAAGGUUUGGACCCGAUUCCCUUCCGAAGGAAGCAAAUACACUCCACCCCACCAGUCUGGUGAGUUCAAAUGGAAGGACUAUUGCCCUUUAGUUUUCAGAACUCUGAGGAAAUUGUUCAAGGUGGAUCCAGCUGAUUAUAUGCUGUCAAUCUGUGGGAAUGAUGCGCUUCGAGAACUCUCGUCUCCUGGUAAAAGUGGUAGCUUCUUCUACUUGACGAAUGACGACCGAUACAUGAUAAAGACGAUGAAGAAGUCAGAAGCAAAAGUUUUGAUAAGAAUGCUCUCUGCUUAUUAUAAUCAUGUGAGAGCCUUUGAGACCACUUUGGUGACCAAAUUCUAUGGUCUUCAUUGUGUUAAACUAACCGGGCCUAUCCAGAAGAAGGUAAGGUUCAUCAUCAUGGGAAACCUUUUUUGCUCGGAAUAUUCCAUUCACCGACGGUUCGACUUGAAAGGGUCGAUUCUUGGACGCACGACAGAUAAGGCUGAGAGUGAGAUUGACGAGACAACCAUCCUUAAGGACCUCGAUCUUAACUUUGUGUUCCGACUGCAGAAAUCGUGGUUUCAAGAGUUUUGCAGGCAAAUCGAUCGGGACUGCGAGUUUCUCGAACAAGAAAGAAUUAUGGAUUAUAGUCUUCUAGUUGGUCUUCACUUUAGGGAAACUUCAGCUGCUGGUGAUUUGAUACCUUCCGGGUCUCGCACGCCUACAGGCGGGCCCGAGAACGAAGUCGCUCCUCGUCUGUCUCGAGUCGACUUGGAUCAGCUUUUCCUAGAUCCAUCCAGAUGGUCGAGUAUCAAAUUGGGCGUAAACAUGCCUGCUCGGGUCGAACGUACGAUCAGAAGAAGCGAUUGCGAGUUCCAACUGGUCGGAGAACCAACCGGAGAGUACUACGACGUGGUUAUGUUCUUUGGCAUCAUUGACAUACUUCAAGACUACGACAUUAGCAAGAAGCUUGAGCAUGCAUACAAGUCCAUCCAAUACGAUUCGACUUCGAUAUCAGCUGUCGACCCGAAGCAAUACUCGAAGCGGUUUCGUGACUUCAUAUUUAAUAUCUUUGCCGAAGACGAGGCCGAACUUUAAAGGAAGAAAAUCAACAAAAUCUCUCAUUCACAUUCUUUCAUUUGUUUUAUAAUAUAGAGCAACAGAUCAUCAUAUCUUGAUAUGUUUUAGUAAAUGAGAAGAAAAUUGAAGCAAUAGAAUUCUGUUUAUGUAACCCAUUGCUGUAGUUUCAUUACAAUUACACACAGAAAAAAAAGUAUAGUCAUUGAUUAUUGGAUACA